AUGCUACAUUUGGGAAGCGAUAAUGCGCGACAAAAAUUGGUCAUUGCAAAUAUGCAGAAAUUUGUCUAUUGCUGCCUGUAUUUGAGGUUUAUCAAAGACGGAUCACUACUUUUAAUUCUCAUGGGGUGGCUAAUUUCAUCGCUAUGCGACUUCAUCCAAGAGUUGACACUGAGGUACUUAAAAAAAAAUUACUUAGGAGUAGAAAAUAACAAUGAUGAGGGAGAUGAUGAAAACCUUGCGAUCAGGGGAUUGGAAACACCCAUUGUAAGAAUGAUAAUAAAUAAAGCGAUACGAUAUUACCAAGGAUUGAUACUUCUGGAAACGGCGUACUGCAUAGUGUACCACAUCCGGUUGGACAUGACAAAGGACAUAUGUUCCAAACCCUACGGAUUCGUUGUGAUGCUUUUAAUAAGGGAGUUCACUUGUCCGGCACCCGCGGGGUUCCCCAGCAAGCUGCUUCUGGUAGUACUUGAUCUGAUGAUACUUUUCUGUCAGAUCAUUAUAAUGAACGGCUCAUUGAGCUCGAGCUUUCAAAACGUGAGGCUCAUCGUCAAGGAGUUGAACGCAGAAGAAGAGGGGGCACUUAACGUUCUCAAAUUCAAUACCUGGCACGUGGAUUCAAGCGGACCCGAGCUCAUAGUUCACAAGAAUCACGACAUGCCCUUCUCUCAACAGAUAGAUGGGGAUGACGCUACUGAGUUCACACCUUUACUGAAUAGCGCCGCGGAAUAA